AUGGCCACAAAGGUUGAAGAUUCGGGCAUGUCAGGCCCAGGUUCUGCCACAUCGACUGUCCAGCUGGACUCGGCCAACUCGCCAGCUACAGUCCCUACUCCAGUGUCCGCCGGCCACCCCGGUAUGGCACAAACACCAUCACCCUCAACCUCUAAUUCACAACAUGCUGGCUCUACAUCAAAACGCCCGCCGCGAAAGAGCACUCUGACGCAGCAGCAAAAGAACCAAAAGCGACAGCGAGCAACGCAGGAUCAGUUGACGACGUUGGAGAUGGAGUUCAACAAGAAUCCCACUCCCACCGCCAAUGUACGGGAACGAAUCGCCGACGAGAUCAACAUGACUGAGCGCUCAGUCCAGAUUUGGUUCCAGAACAGACGUGCCAAGAUCAAGGCUCUGGCAAAGAAGAGCCUGGAGACAGGUGAAGACUUCGACGCUAUCCCAGAGUCCAUGCGCACCUACCUGGCUAUGCAGGCCAUGGAGUCUGGAAAGGGCCUCGGGGCAGGUUUCCUCGGACGCGGCCUGAUGCCUUACGGCCAUAGCGGUAUGCUCCUUGGCGGAGAACAGGGUGGCCAGGGCAAAGUCCUGAUUCAUCACUUGACCUGCCGCUCUCUCAGCAUUGGCAAGUGGACCCGCGUUGGUCAAAACACCAUGGACCUGAUCAUCUUCUAUUCGCCUGACAAGUGUACGAUGACCUACUAUAUCAACAAUGAGCAGGCUGGGUACAAGAUUGAGUAUCCUUUCGCUCACAUCAAGUCCAUUUACCUCGAGAACAGCGAGGGCGAUCCGAACAAGCUCGGUGGUAUUGUCAUUGAGUUGAACAGACCACCAAACUUCUUCAUGGACUCGUCCCCCACGACCAAUGGCUUCUUCCAAUGUGGCGAUUUCACUGAGGACCAGCAAGCCUCACAAUGCAUGGUUCACCACCUAGGUGGCAACCCCAAGGUCCUCAGCGGCCAGCUCGCUAAGCUUGUGUCUUUGGAGUCGUUCAUGAACCGUCAUCAGACCAACCCUUACGAGGCCAUGCAUGCCAUCUCGAUGUCGGCUCCAGUCUCGCCGACAAACCGACCGUCCUCACAGCCAAGCUUCGGCCAGCCUCAUGUCGGCAUGUAUCAGGAGACCCAAUGGGGUGCCCCGCCGACGCUGCACCCCGGUAUGGCUCGUGGUCACAAGCGGCAACGCAGUAGGUCGGUGCCGAUGCCUGUUGACUUCGCCAUGCUUCAGACUCCCAUGCCAUCAUUCUUCAUCCAACAUCCUGGCGAGAGUCAAGCGCAGCCUCACAGCCCCAACAUCUUCGCACCUGUUCCCCAACAGCCCAGCGGGAUGGGACCUAAUCUGCGAAUCGACACACAAGCCGGCUUUGGACUUGAUAUGCGGCAGUAUCCCAUGUCGGCGACUACCGCGCCCAGUGCCGCAUCCCCCUCCGACUACUCUAGUCCCAACUAUUUCGCACAACAUUCUGAGAACACACCGAUGCCAACCUCGAGCUACAACACUCCUUACAGCGGCACCUUCCUGUCACCAAUGGUCAACUCUUCGAGCCUUGUACCGCAGUCUAUGUCUCCCCUUUCGUUUACCAGCCAUGGUGACCCAGCCAUUGUCGACCAGUCGCCACCGAUGUCGAUGGUUGGUAGACCUGGGUCCGCGGAUCUCUAUCCCGUGCACGAAUCUGCUAUGUCGGAUGAUGGCGCGAGUCUGAACGAAAUGUACUCGAAGCACAGCAUCAACCUUCCCAUGCACCCGCCCCAUUCACCAGCGUUUGUGGAGACGUCUCAAGCAGACUUGGACAUGAAUCAGCUGGUUUCUUUUGACCAUGUUGAGCCUGCAAGUCUCUCACCGGAAAGCAUGCAGCACAUGUCCGUCAACGAAUCAUGA